CGGCAACCGGGGGCAGGGCCCGGGCUCAGAGCCACUCCCGGCCUCUAAGCACGAGUCAGAGCAGUUCUUCGGUGGAAGACAGGAACCCGAGAUGACCUGGGCUUCGGGGCAGUUGCCAGAGCCUGCUGGGGCGCCCCAUUCACAUCCGGUGUCAGUGAGGGGGGAUUCCUCGCUGCCCGCAUCACCGUCGGAAAACCAGGUGCCCGUGAGACCCCGUUGCCACACCGACUGCCUGGAGGCGCCCCUCUCCUGCCUCUUCCGAAGGCUGGGAUGCGAAGUGGGCGCGCACCCCUGGAUCUUCCUGCUGGUGCCCAUGGUGCUGACGGCCGCUCUGGGCACCGGUUUGAUUUACCUGCCCAAGGAUGUAGAAGAAAACCUCGAGGAGCAGUACACCCCAAUAGGGAGCCCAGCCAAGGCCGAGCGGCGCUUUGUGCAGGAACGCUUCACCGCCAACGACUCUUACUGCUUCUCCAUCUCCAGGAAGAGCACCGAGGUCAAUUUCGCUUGUAUUCUAGCGGUCUCCAACACCACCUCCCUGCUAGAACCAGCAAUCUUAUCAGAAGACAGUAAAGUGGAUGACGUGAUCCAGGAUCUGUAUGCGACGGGGGAAAACGGAACCCAGAUCCACUACAAUCAGGUGUGUGCCAAGCACCAGGGUCUCUGCCUGCCUUCCAACCCACUCCUGUAUGCCUGGCAGAUGAACAGGGACCUCGACCUGAGAAAUGUCACUUUCCCAAUCUACAACCACACCUGUCAGCCCAUCUACCUGGCUGGCACCAUUGGAGGAACCUUCUUAGGUGAGAGGAUGGGAAUGAACCAGUUACUCCUGGAAGCCAAAGCCCUGAGGCUGGUCUACUACCUGAAAACUGAGGAUGGAGAGGACAACGAACGUGGUAAGAAAUGGCUGACCCGUUUCCUGAACCAAUUUAGCAACAUUGAAAAGAGUCUGGCCUCCAAGAGGAUCCAGGUGGUCUACUUUACAUCAAUUUCUACACCGGAACUUGAAGCAACUUUGAUGACAGUGAUCCCUCUGUUUCACUUGGCAUACCUUCUAAUCAUAUUAUUUGCAAUCCUAUCAUGCUACAGGUGUGACUGUGUACGAAACAAAAUGUGGGCUGCAACCUUUGGAGUGAUUUCUGCUGCCUUGGCAGUGGUGAGCGGCUUUGGCCUGAUGUUGUACAUUGGGGUGCCAUUUGUGAUCAUAGUUGCAAAUUCACCAUUUCUUAUUCUAGGUGUGGGGGUUGAUGACAUGUUUAUGAUUUCUGCCUGGCAGAAGACCAGCCUCAUGGAUAACCUCAAACAGCGGCUGUCCAGUGUCUGUUCCAAAGUGGCAGUGUCCAUUACAAUCACCACUGUCACCAACGUCCUGGCCUUCUAUACAGGGAUUAUGACCUCUUUCAGGUCCGUACAAUACUUUUGCAUUUAUACAGGAACAACCCUGCUCUUUUGUUAUUUUUAUAACAUCACCUGUUUUGGAGCAUUUAUGGCCCUGGAUGGUAAAAGAGAAGUAGUCUGUCUAUGCUGGUUGAAAAAGCCAGAAACUCCUGACCAAAAGUGUUCUUCAUUUAAAAAGUCCUGCUGUGUCCCAUGUGAUUCUCUUCCAGAUGAACAAGAAACUGAUGUCCAUCCAAUGAAUUUGUUCUUCAGAGACUAUUUUGGCCCUUUUCUCAGAAGCACUGAGUCCAAGUUUUUUGUAGUGCUUCUAUACGUUUUGUACAUCAUCAGUAGUAUGUAUGGGUGUUUCCAAGUGCAGGAAGGGUUAGACCUUCGAAAUUUGGCAAGUGACGAUUCCUACAUCACACCAUUUUUUAAUGUAGAAGAAGACUAUUUUUCGGAUUAUGGCCCCAGGGUUAUGGUUAUUGUUACUGAAACUCUUGACUACUGGGAUAAAGAUGCUAGGCAAAAACUGGAAAAAUGUCUGGCAGAUUUGGAAAACAGUGACUAUGUAGAUAAAAAUGUUACAGAGUUUUGGUUACGAGAGUAUGUGCAAUAUAUGGAAAAUAGCGGGCAAGAUGUAAAUGAUAAGAAUACUUUUAUAAACAGUUUGCCCAGUUUUUUAACAAAUUUUCCACUUUUUAUGUAUGAUAUUAAUAUUUCAUCUUCACAUGAAAUCAUUGCUUCCCGGGGCUUCAUUCAGACCAUUGGCGUUUCUUCUUCAACCAAUAAGAUGAUGUUAUUCCAGUUACGAAGCAUAACUGAAAAGUGUGAAAUUCCCCUAAUGGUGUACAACCCGGCAUUCAUAUAUUUUGAUCAGUUUGCCGCAAUAUUAGAAAACACUGUUCGAAAUGUCAUUGUUGCAUCCUCAGCUAUGUUCAUUGUUUCCUUAUUGUUCAUUCCUCAUCCACUGUGUUCCUUCUGGGUAACUUUUGCUAUUGCUUCUGUGAUUGUGGGAGUAACAGGGUUCAUGGCAUUCUGGAAUGUCAAUCUUGAUUCCAUAUCCAUGAUUAAUCUUGUCACUUGUAUAGGGUUUUCUUUCGAUUUUUCUGCACACAUUUCUUACGCAUUUUUUUCCAGUUCUAAGCCCUCAGUAAACCAAAAAAUAAUUGAGGCAUUGUAUCUGCUAGGCUACCCAGUGUUACAAAGUACAGUUUCAACAGUAAUAGGGGUGGGUGUUUUAUCUGCAGCUAAAGCAUACAUCUUCAGGACACUUUUUAAGAUUAUGUUUCUUGUUAUGGUAUUUGGGGCUGCUCAUGGCCUAAUUUUUAUUCCAGUAUUCUUAACCUUUUUUUGAAGGUUUGUUUGA